AUGGGCCUUCUGGGCACCGCGACAGUCACCGUCGUUGGCCUCACCUGCAAGGCCUUCCUCAACUCUGGUCUCUGCGCCGUCACCGUCAACGGCCUCCACUACCUCAAAACCGCCCUCGAGGACACAGCGCGUCGCAGCGCAGGCCAGGGCGUCGUCACCAUUUGCAACCACAUCUCGACCCUCGAUGACCCCGUCACAUGGGGCGUACUCCCUGCGCGAUACCACCUGAACCCGAGAACGACGCGUUGGGCACUCGGCGCGUCUGACAUCAUGUUCACGAAUCCGCUCUUUUCCACUUUCUUCUCCCUUGGCCAGACUCUUGAGACCUUCAGAGGCGAGGGGAUAUACCAGGCCGCCGUGGAUACCGCGAUCCACAAACUAAACGAUGGUCACUGGGUUCAUCUUUACGGUGAAGGCAAGGUCAACCAGCCUGACACUUAUUUAAAAGACAGCCUAGGUCGUGCCUGCUUACCCAGAUUCAAAUGGGGUGUGGGCCGCAUCCUGAUGGAAGCUAGCGUCCCUCCGGUGGUUAUACCGAUGUGGAUUACAGGUUUCGAGCAGCUGAUGCCCGAGGGUCGCCCAUUCCUGUACAAGUACCUCCCUCGGAUCGGCGCACGUCUCAGCAUCACUUUCGGGGAGCCGGUACCUGCGGAUGAGCUGCGAGAGGCACUAGCCGUGUCGAAAAGCGAUGCCGAUGUCGACGCAUCUGCUGCUGCCGACCAACCCGGAGACCUGACUGGGUGGUUGGGGAAGGAGGGCCAGCGAAGAUAUGAUACAGGUGCAGCGGCCAGUUAUGAUGAUCACGUCUACGCGGCUUUGAUCAGACAAAAGGUUACUGCUAUCAUUCAUCGCGACGUACAGGCUUUGGGAAGAUCGGUGUCAGGCAAAUUGUUAACAGGCUUCAAGUCGGACUCAUAG